AUGUCAGCGGUGACCAGUCAGCCUCCACCCUUUGCUCGGCUGGAGCGAGAGGAGCACAUCCAGAUGAUCUUCAGAGCUUUCCAGAACCGCUGUGGGCCUUCAUGUGAGCGCCACACAUGCUCACCUGGACCCAAAACCCACCGAACGCCUCCUGACUGGGAAUCUGAUGAACAGCUGUCAGGUCUGGCUGCUGGGAGGAAGAUGGAGAAGAUGCAGCCACCGGGGAGAGGGAACAGGCCAGGGGUGGAGGGGCACUGGCCUGGAGGUGCAGCGGGAUCUCACUUUAUGUCCGUGCUGGAAACAGUCAGUGAAAUACACAUCACUGCCAGACCAGAGCUGCAAGGUCCACAGUGUGUUCCCAAGAGGAUCUACAGCAUCACCACAAGAGGCAGCAGGUCACAGUUACUUGUAGCUGUGGAAGAGAGUUCGUGUGUGUGCCUCCAGUGUUGCGGUCCAGCUCGGGCCUGUUCCUUGCAGGGCUUCGACUGUCAGGGCCGCCAGGUCUUUUAUUUUGAAAGGCCCCUCAGGGCAGACUCCUGCUGCCUCGGCUGCUGCCUGAUGGAGAUGAGGGCCUACACGCCUCAGAAACAUCUCAUUGGCACUGUAUCCCAGAGGUGGAGCAUGUUUACCCCUCUCCUGGAAGUGCUCAAUGCAGAAGGGGCAUCUUCCGUCAGAAUCCAGGGCUCCUGCUGUCCGUGCCGCUGUCUCUCCGACCAGCAGUUCCAGAUUGUCUCCAACAUUGGUGAGAAAAUGGGCACAAUAUGGAAGAAAUGGCCUGGCUUCAAUGACGAACACAACAUGGACCAUGAAUAUUUUGGGUUGGACGUGCCGCAGAGUAUGGAAUCACACACUAAACUUCUGCUGCUGGCAGCCACGUUCUUGUUGAAUCACAUGUAUUUUGAAAUGAGCUGA